GUAGCAUAAAAUUAACUUUUGAGAAUACAAAGCAAAUUGCAUUAACUAGUUAUCUUGGUUCACCAUCUGAAAAUCGCAGGCCAGAUUUAUUGAAAAUUUCUGAACAACUUAAAGGAUUAGAACUUGAUAUAUAUUACUCAGAAUAUAGUUUUACAAUUGAAGUGCAAG